AUGGGUGAAAGACCCGGAGUCAAUGGUUAUGAAACUGGCAAGGAGAAGCUAACGGAGGAUUUAUCUCAACUCCUAGAUAACCUUGAUAGAGAUGUAAAGAGUCAGAUAUUCGGGAGCUGCUCAACAGCAUGUGAGGCGAUGUAUAAGGAGACUCUUAGGUGUGGACUUGAGUCGCUAAUUGGCACCAUCUUCACUGGGGACAGCAAAACUUGGGAUGAUGCGAUGGAAUACGGCCGGCAGGUUAUUCUCGCGCCUCAGGAUACUAAGCGAAGGGCAUCAUCUCCGUGGAUUCGUUCUUGCUCGGAAUUACACAGCGAGCUUAUAAAGCGCUUUGGCCCGCAGAUCAUCAAUGCUGCUCGGCUAGGAACUGCUUCUAUUAUCGCAAACCAUUACAAUGGUGAUAGAGAAGCAAUUUCUCACGUUAACAAGAAGGAGAGCUAUAUGCGCCACCGUCAUAAAGAUAAGCUUGGAGCGGUCUUUUAUCCUCAGUCUAGUCCGCUUGCCACAGGUUGCUACCUGAGUGGAACACUCCCCUGUUCUUUAGCUCUCUCAUCAUUCCUUCCUGUGGAUAAAGCCGUCCAGGCAGCACACCUCUCCCACUUAUCUGUAUGCGACGACUAUGGCAGUUUCACGCACGCAGACUAUGACGUUCGACUGCGCAUGAUUGCCCUUUCGGCCGGUGUGGCAUACCAAUACGGCGGGAGAGUCAUCAACAUUUUCGUGGACGGAACAGCGCUCCAAGCGCUCGGAAUCGGGAUUGAGACAGCUCUAUCCGUUGAGACUGCUCUGGCCUGGAGAGCAGUUAGUGGAUGCACGACGGUGUAUAGUCAGUACAACUUCGAGGGGUGCGAUCUUGAAGAUGGACUGAUUGGACCGAUGUCCAUUAUGGCUACACAUGAUCUGCUUGAUUGGCGAAGCGACAUGGCCGCUGGCAAUCAUGAGAACGGAGUCUCAGCAGUAUAUGGGCUUGGAAUUGAGGCCGCAUUUCACACCUAUUUGGAAGCUCUCCUCAAGAUGGUACUCACUGCUCCUCGCUUUGGCAUGUACGGUAUCGGAUCCAUGGUAUAUAUGCAUUAUACAGUUGCCCGAUACGCGGCAUGGGAAUACCACGGCAAGCAUGGAGCGGCUUGUAAUAGAUGUGUAGACCUUCUCCGGUCAGCCACGGAAGGAGCUGGUCUCAAGUGGGCACCAAAGCUACCCCCUAGAAACUACGAAGAUGGUGAAGAGGUGCGAGAAUGGGGUAGACUUUGGUCUGACCAAUACAUCGACAGAGGACUGAUGCAGGAAGCUGUAAGCUGGUUUCAGUAUCUGAUCUCAUCCGAUACAAUUCUAAUAGUUGCAAAGGUUCCAUCCAUUCUGAGCACUUUGAACGAUAGUACCGAGUCAGAUCGAAGCGAUGGCGUAGUGAGGACGCCGGGAAGAUUGGAACAGGAUGAGUAUUUCGAGGACUGCGCCUUAUGGAAACGAGAAAUGAGGAUUACAGAUCGCUGGAUCGUCGGUGAGGCUGAUAGAGGUAGAAAGGAAGCUGUUGGAUUGAACUUCACGAGGAGACUUGAUGCCAAAUAG